AGGCCAGUCUUUGUUUGCCCCGAACAUGUCCCUCCCUUUGGUGCUAUGAUAAUUAGGGCCAGAUUUUAACCUACAGCAAGUGUAAGAACAAGAACGUACACCAAAUGAAGACGUCUGAAUCGCUCUGUAUGGAUUAAUAGCAGUGGCAUUCUGGUAUCUCUGACCUUCUGACCGUAUCCAAAUAUUUGUUGUGACAAUGUCUCCAGUCUCAUGUUAUCUGCUGGUGUUCAUAUCAGUCCUGUCAUUGAGCAGGGUAACAGAGGGACAGACAGCACCAGUGAUAUUCUAUCCAUUCGGCUCAGUGGCAGGAGACACUGUUAAUAUUUCCACUGAGGAUGAAAUCUCCCAGCUUAUCGACCUGUGGAGUCCUUUUGUGUUCUUCGGGCGUGCGUACAACAGGACAUAUGUUAACAGUAACGGAGACCUUACAUUCAACCAGCCUUCAUCAGAGUAUAUUUCUCAACCCUUUCCCAUCAAUGGAAGUAAAGACAUCAUUGCUCCCCUUUGGACUGACAUUGAUGUCAGUGUGAAUGGCAUCAUCUCAUAUCAGCAGUACUCAACCGGGAGUGUUCUCACACGUGCCACUCAGGAUAUAAACCAGUACUUCCCUGGUCUGAACUUCAUGGCUAUUUGGGUCCUUGUUGCAACUUGGGAUAGAGUUGCAUACCAUUACCACUCUGGCACAGAAACAUCGUUUCAAGUUGUUUUGAUUUCGGGUAGUGAUUUGUCCUUUAUUCUCAUGAAUUAUGGUGACUGCGCUGCUACACAUAAUAUUGUGCAGGCUGGUUAUGACACUAUAAACUCCAUGGCCUACUUUGCAAUUCCUGGGUCAAACAAUGGGAACUUUAUGCCAAACCUAAAGAACUCCACCAAUGUCAAUGUUCCAGGCCGAUGGGCCUUCAGGGUGGAUGGUGGAACACAUCAAAACAGUCUACAAGAAAAUGUCAUAGGAAUUCAAAUGAGAGUUACUUCAUUUUCAGACCUAAGAGACAGUGCAAACAUUGAGACUGUUAUAGAGAAACUACAACAGGAGCUGAUCAAGUACGGUCUGCCAAACAGCGUCAAACUGAACCUAAGAAGGGUGCAAAAGACUCAGCCCUAAUAUCAGCCUUGUACAAGGAAAAAAAUUCUAACAGAGACCUGUUCAUUAAAUCUCUAGCAUCAAACAUACCUACCACUAAAAUAUAACAACAAAAGAAAAGAAAAAAACUGAUCUAACAUGGAACGUAAAUCUUUUAUUAAGUUUUUAUUAAGCAUUUGUGAAAGCUGUCUGCAGGAAUGUCACUCUACAGGAGGAUGAACAUUCAUGUGUUCUCAAAUGCAAAUGUCACGUAGCAGGAGUUUAACUGAAGUAAACCUGUUCUUCCUCUAUGGCUCCAUUCACUAGAAAAUCAUAAUAUUAACUGUAAUACCCAUCUUUAUUGAUGAGAUAUUGAAGCAAGAAGCAGUUUAGCUGUUAUAUACAGUAGUGAAGCAUUUUACUAUUUCGCUUUAGCAUUAGUUUUUCUCCUCAGAAAAGUUUGCUGUUACAUCCUGAGAUGUGUGGUAACUGUAAAAGCAAAUUAAAACUGUUUAUAAUGUGAAUUUAUGAAUAUAAAUAUAAUGUAUAUGUUCUCAUCUGGAGACAGAUGCUUUUUGAGAGUUAGUGAGAUACUUGCACUCCAUAAAAUACUAUUCCAGUCUUUCUACUUUAAAAUGCCACACUCAAUUCAGAUACUGACUGUUUCUUUAUAAUUAUUUGUGAAAUUUUCUAGUUACCAUUUUUUUCCCAGUGAACAUGAAAUGCUAAAACUUUGCAAUACAGCCAGUUGUUUCUGUUUGUUUGUUAGAUUAGGAGAUUCUUUAAUUUAUUAUUAUUAUUUUCUAUUGGUAAUAUUAUGCGCUCAGACUGUUUCAACUAUUAUGAUCACACACAGGUCUUUUUACUUACAUAGCUCAAGAGUGACAUUGCCAGUGCUAGUCCUACUGUUCACACAAAAAGCCCAGAUACAAAGCUGUUUCAGUACAUGCUGAGUGGUCUGUUGGGUAAACUUUUUAUGUAUUUAUUAUUAUUAAAACACUACCUGCA